ACCCCAUGACAUGUUUAUGGCCCCAUAUAAUGAGCAUUCCGACCCCACUUGGUCCUGAACUCUGAUUUGGGAACUCCUUUGCCCUUGAACGAUGAAUGUCUGAAAGUGCCCCAGUGCCAGGCUCUAGAAGCCUAAAACAAAUGUAUUUGACAAGAUAAUACCCACACUCUUCUUUACAUCCUUUGUUCUCUUACAACUACACAGCAAUGAUCCUUUUGUUUACAUCUCUCUGUCUGGAGCCAUGGACAUGAUUUCCAUCCUGCUGGCGACGCCUUUGAGCAUGAGGGUAGGGCGUCGAGGGCUCAUUGCUGGUUUCCUUCUGGUGGGUGGGGUCUUAUUCAUGAUAGAUCUGACUGUGCCUGAAGCACUCCACUGGCUGAAAUUUGCGCUGGUAAUGACAGCACUGACACUAGUAGCAGCAAGUUUUCAGGUUAACUUCCUCUACACACCAGAACUGUUUCCAACACUUAUGAGGAGCCGUGGAUUAGCCCUGUCCAUUUUCGCUUGCAAUAUAGGAUUCAUGGUGGCUCCCCUGAUCGUGGAUUUACUGGCUCCCCUUGCUUGGUGGUCUGUAGGCGUUACCUUCGGCUGCGGCGGCAUCAUAGCGAGCAUUCUGGUUCCAUUCCUUCCUGAGACUCUGCACAGACCUCUUCCAGACACCGUGCUGGAUGUCGAUGAGAGACACGAAAACGCUCACUAUUACAUCAAGUGGACGAGAAAGAGACGGACUGACGUGAAAAUGGCUUCAAAGGUCAUACCAGAAGAAAACGUACCACUUGCUAUGUAAAAUAAUAGAAGGAAAAAGUACGUCUCCCUGAUAGCUAAAGAGAUCUUUACUCUUAAUAAAGGGCAUCAUUGACGAUAUGAUGAAGUUGUAAAAUUAAGAAAGAAAAAAAUCAAACAAAAAUUAGUAGAGCAUGGCUGUCAUUAGCUACGUUGCCAAACUUCUUCCUGAUUUAUGAUCCAACAGCAGUUAAUUAUCAUAAAAUCCUACAUAUCCCUCCCACGGGUUACCUAGAAGAAAGAAAGAGACGUUACCGAGACAAGGCCAACUUGAUCGAUUAUCUACAUCACUAUCUUUUUCCUAUCUCAUUAUAUCAUUCAUUUUCGUUAGUAAGUCUUGGCUAGAUUUUGGGCAUUUGUAUGAUUACAAAUUAAACCAUACUUAUCUUGUCCUGUGAUGAACACAGUUUCAUGUAUAAUUUAAAUUCUUUUCAUUUAUUGUCAUUUGUUUUUAUUAUAAAUCACCCUUUACUCGUCAUCAAAUUUCAGUUCUUUCGCUUAUUUUAUGUCUUCAUGGUUAGAUAAGUAAAAUAAUAGUGUCAAGUUGUUUACUCUUUCUGACCUGGCAUAAGGUAGAUGUGACACGUGUGUAUCACAUUUACAAGGUAUCCCAUCUUACAUCAAUGGUUUAUGAAUCAUAUCUGGGAAAAGUGGCAACAUCUAAAACGUACUGCAUGCUCGUAGCCAUUUUGGUUUGACUUUUUUUUUCUUUUUUUUCUUUUUUUUACUUUUGUAGUCUUUUGUUAUAGAUGAAAAACUUUUCCUUUGCUGCAAGUGGCUAUUGCAAUGUCAUUAUAUAUUAUGUUCUAU